AUGGCAUCAAAGGUCUUCAUCAUAACCGGCGCGAGCAAGGGCCUCGGCGCAGCCAUCACACGAUACUUGCUCUCACAAUCGCACAAGGUUGUUCUCGCAGCGCGUUCGGCAGAACCGCUAGAGGGGUUUAAGACCGCUCAUCCGGGACAGGUGGAAUAUGUUGCUGGGGAUAUGACAAGUUCUGAGAUGCCAGACAAGUUGACCAGCCUUGCUGUCAAGUCAUUCGGCAAAAUCGACGGGCUGGUUGUCAAUCAUGGACUCCUUGUGUCAUCGCGACUUGAAAAGACGUCAAUUGAUACGUUCAAAAACCUCUAUGACGUCAAUGUCUUUAGCUGCUUAGCAAUGGUUCAAGCAGCGCUUGGUGAACUACGAAAAACCAAGGGUUGCGUCGUUUGGAUCUCCUCAGGCGCCGCUCUCAAACCAUAUGCGGGAUGGAGUGCCUACGGUUCGUCCAAGGCUGUGUUAAACUCGCUUUCUUCAAACUUGGCCUUUGAAGACAAGGACAUUACGAGCAUUACGGUGGCGCCAGGGCGGGUUGAUACAGACAUGCAAGUACAAAUUCGAUCGUCUGGGCAGGAGUCCAUGGACAAGGCACAAUGGGACACGUUCCAGGAUGCCUUUGAACAGGGCAAACUACUCAAGCCGGAACAGCCUGGCAAUGUUAUUGCCAAGUUUGUGGCCAAUCCCCAGAGGGACCUGAGUGGGCAAAACCUCAACUGGAAUUCACCAGAGUUGGCGUCCUACCAGGAAUAA